AUGGAGCCCCGGCUGGGGCCCAAAGCUGCCGCCCUCCACCUGGGCUGGCCGUUCUUGCUGCUGUGGGUCUCCGGCCUGAGCUGCUCUGUCUCCUCCUCAGCUUCUCCCUCUCCUUCUCCGGUGUCCCGAGUCCGAACGAGCUACAAUUUGGGAAGGACUUUCCUCGGUCUUGAUAAAUGUAACGCCUGCAUCGGGACAUCUAUUUGCAAGAAGUUCUUUAAAGAAGAAAUAAGGUUUGACAACGGGCUGGCCUUAAACCUUGGACCACCUCCUGACAACUUGCCUUCUUACUCUGCAAAUUACUCAGAUGAUUUCAAAACCUGGCGCCCUGUGGAGAUCUCAAGGCUGGUCAGCAAACAGCAAAACAAGAUCUCAGACAGGAGAAUCUGUGCCUCCGCAGCUGCCCCCAAGACCUGCAGUAUUGAGCGUGUCCUGCGGAAAACAGGGAGGUUCCAGAAAUGGCUGCAGGCCAAGCGACUCACACCAGACCUGGUGCGGGGCCUGUCCAGCCCUCUCUUGCGCUGCCCAUCACAGCGACUCCUGGAUCGCGUGGUCCGGCGCUAUGCAGAGGUGGCUGACGCUGGCAGCAUUUUCAUGGACCACUUCACGGACCGGGACAAGCUGCGUCUCCUCUACACGUUAGCAGUCAACACGCAUCCUGUCCUUCUACAGAUCUUCCCGGGCGCUGAGGGUUGGCCGCUUCCCAAGUACCUGGGCUCCUGUGGUAGAUUUCUGGUCAGUACCAGCACCAGUCCGCUGCAGGAAUUCUAUGAUGCGCCCCCAGACCAGGCAGCCGACCUGGCCUACCAGCUCCUGGGUGUCCUGGAAUCUCUGAGGAGCAAUGAUUUGAACUACUUCUUCUACUUCACCCACGUGGAUGCAGGCAUGUUUGGCAUCUUCAACAAUGGGCAUCUGUUCAUCCGGGACACCAGCGCGCUGGGCGUGAUCGACAGGCAGGAAGGCAGCCAAGCAGCCUCCAGGGCAGGAGACGAUAAAGACAUCUUCAGCUGCCUGGUCUCUGGCUGCCAGACCGAGCUGCCCUCCUGUGACACCAUCCCUGAGAAGCAGAACCUGGUGCUGGUGUGCAGCCAGGUGUUGCCCCUGCUUCUCCAGGCCAAGUUCCCAUCCCCAAUGCAGGAGGAGAUUGACGCUGAGCUCACUCGCUGUGCAGACAGAACCCGGCCAGACCCAGAGGUCCUUGGGGCUGCCAGCCGGUUGAAGGACAUCUUGAGACCCCUGAGAACCUGUGACCCCAGAUUCGCCUACCGCUACCCAGACUGCAAGUAUAAUGAUAAGUUCUGA